AUGACUGCCAUUAUUAAAGAAAUUGUCAGCCGGAACAAAAGGAGAUACCAGGAGGACGGCUUCGACCUGGAUUUAACAUAUAUCUACCCAAACAUCAUUGCCAUGGGCUUUCCAGCAGAGCGACUUGAAGGCGUGUACAGAAACAAUAUAGACGAUGUAGUACGUUUUUUGGAUUCAAAGCAUAAAAACCAUUACAAAAUCUACAACCUCUGCGCAGAAAGACACUAUGACGCUGCCAAAUUUAACUGCAGAGUUGCACAGUACCCCUUCGAAGACCAUAACCCCCCUCAGCUGGAGCUGAUCAAGCCGUUCUGCGAAGACCUUGACCAGUGGCUCAGCGAGGAUGACAAUCACGUGGCGGCCAUCCACUGUAAAGCUGGCAAGGGCCGCACCGGGGUGAUGAUCUGCGCCUAUCUCCUCCACCGUGGCAAGUUCCUGGAGGCCCAAGAGGCACUAGACUUUUACGGCGAAGUCAGGACAAGGGACAAGAAGGGAGUGACCAUCCCGAGCCAGCGCCGCUACGUCUACUACUACAGCUACCUACUGAAGAACCAGCUGGAGUACAAGCCGGUGGCGCUGCUCUUCCACAAAAUGGUGUUCGAGACGCUGCCCAUGUUCAGCGGGGGCACCUGCAGAGACAGUACCGUUAAAAACAGGAGCGAGCCAACCCCUCAGGGCUUCAAGAAAGGGAAUUGGCAUUGGGAUCCCCAGUUCGUUGUGUACCAGCUCAAAGUGAAGAUCCACACGUCCAACCCUACCCACACCCGGCGGGAGGACAAGCACAUGUUCUUCGAGUUCCCGCAGCCACUGCCGGUGUGUGGCGACAUCAAGGUGGAGUUCUUUCACAAGCAGAACAAGAUGAUGAAGAAGGAUAAAAUGUUCCACUUCUGGGUGAACACCUUCUUCAUUCCCGGGCCGGAAGAGGGCGUGGAAAAGCUGGAGAAUGGCGCGGUCCAACAACAGUUGCAGCCGCCAAGCAGCGCAGACAGGGAUGGCGGCGACAGGGACUACCUCAUCCUGACGCUGACCAAAAAUGACCUGGACAAGGCGAAUAAGGACAAAGCCAACCGCUACUUCUCGCCAAACUUCAAGGUGAAGUUGUAUUUCACAAAAACCGUGGAGGAGCCUUCGAAUUCCGAGGCGAGCACUUCGACAUCCGUCACGCCGGACGUCAGCGACAAUGAGCCAGACCAUUAUCGAUACUCUGACACCACUGACUCUGAUCCGGAAAAUGAACCUUUUGACGAAGAGCAACAUUCACAAAUAACAAAAGUGUGA